GAGAGUUCAACAACCAAACGAGCUAUGUUCUUGGUGCGGCAGGAUUGACUUUCCGAGACAAUCUGAGGAACGACACGAAGUACAUGACAUCGUUCUUUGGUGGUGGAAUGACGAACGAUAUAAUGACCAUUGGUAACAUGGUAUACCUUGCCACGUUGACAGACCGUGUUCCUAUCAUUCCUCCAUGGAUGCCAAACCGUUUACUCGAUGCCAACGUGCAGAAACCUCUACCGUUUGGCGAGGUGUUCGACGUUCCGCGACUCGCACGCAAACUACGACGCCCAGUGUUGGAAUGGCACCAGGUGAAGGACUAUUCCGCCGGUGAUUCUGUGUUGGAGACUAUUGGAUGCUACACCGUCUGGGGGAGCGUGAAGCCUGGAGAAUCCAGGGAUCCAAGUCCAAGUUCGCUAAUCCCAUUACUGAAUUUGGAUAUCUCAUGGAAUAACAUGCCAUCCUCGAUCAGCCUUGGUUAUGAUACUGCCUCCAUUUGGCGUCUUGCCUCGCUCUUAUAUCCAAGUGCACGGCAACGAGCUAUAGACGCCGGCGAGAUCAAGCCGUCACCAUCAGGAUUCAAGGGUGAACUAGUGCUACCGGAUGAUCAAUUCACGUGUUACGACCUCUUGUAUUAUGCUGCCACCGUAGAGCCAUUUGAAUACUUCCAAGAUUACUCGCCAGCGUGGCGCUUUGUGGUGUCGAACUUUCAUUGGACUCAACAAGUGGAACGUAUAGGCCACUCGUACGUGAGGAGGAUUCUGGGAGUGGAAGACGGAGGUCCGAACUACAUAGCAAUUCACGCUCGUCGUGGAGACUUUCAAGGAUGGUGUGACUCGGAGAGUCAAUCGAGAGACGAUUGCCUGGUCAACAUCGGAGCCUUACAAAUCCGAGUCAAGGAGAUUCAAGACGAGCUCCUUGUUACCAGGGGCAUCAACUUGCGCGACACAGAUGUCAUCCUUCUGAGCGACGAAAAGGACCCGCAGUGGUGGCUCGAAGUUCGGGACCUCGGGUGGAAGACUGUUGAUCAUGUCGCCCUUGAGACCGUCGACAUACACGGUCCUUGGUAUCCCCUCAUAGUUGACGUUUACAUCAUGUCUAGCGGGAUUGGAUUCGUUGGUACAGCACGAUCAACUAUGAGCUUGUUGGCGAAACGUCGAACAGAAGAAUGGAGAAACGGGAUCACUAGAACGGUUGAAUGGGGCUGGCCAGGGGCAGAUAAUCAUUAG